CUGGAUGUCGUGGCAGAGGCAGCAGUCACCUGCCUGCAGGUCUCUAAGGUCACCAACAGUUCAGCUGUGCAGAACAGCCACUGGUUUCGUUCUGCUGUUUCGCCUCAAGGAAUAGGUUCCCCUAGUGUCUACCACGCUGUUAUCGUGAUCUUCUUGGAAUUUUUUGCUUGGGGACUCCUGACAGCUCCUACUCUGGUGGUUUUGCAUGAAACCUUCCCAAAACAUACAUUUCUGAUGAAUGGUCUAAUUCAAGGAGUAAAGGGCUUGUUAUCGUUUCUCAGCGCCCCACUCAUAGGUGCCCUGUCUGAUGUGUGGGGACGGAAGUCCUUCUUGCUGCUAACAGUAUUUUUCACCUGUGCACCAAUACCACUAAUGAAGAUCAGCCCAUG